UCAUCGGGCCACGGUGGUUUGUGGUUUCACCGGAGAUUCAGAGGGGGAGAAGAAAGCAGGGUUGGAGCCGAGUUCGGAGUCCGAGUUCUGGUCCGCUUCGGCAAUCCGAGGUCGGCACGCCCCGUAUCGUGCGCCGCCGCCACCAUAAAACCAGGACGCGGCCACGAUCCAUCCAACCCCACGAAGCGAACUUGACGAGCCGUAACCGCCGAGCCACGACACGAUGCCCUCCCGCGACGGCGGCCCUGCCGUCAUGCGCCCCCAUCACCCGCCGCCGCGCAGCUUCGUGCACGUCGUGCCCGAGUACCACCACCCCACCCCCACCGCCAUGUUGCCCUACGCGCAGAAUCCCGCGCACCUGCUGUUCCCGAGCGCCGCCGCCAAGGCCGAGGUGCGCGACGUGUGGGCCGGGAACCUCGAGGAGGAGCUCAGCGCCAUCGCGACGGUGCUGCCCUACUACCCCUGCGUGACCGUGGACACGGAGUUCCCCGGCGCCGUGCACGACGACCCGGCCACGCCGCGCUACCUCCGCGGCCCGCGCGAGAGCUACGCGCUGGUGAAGCGCAACGUCGACGACCUCAAGCUGCUCCAGGUCGGCAUCGCGCUGUCGGGCGCCGCCGGCCGCUUCCCCGUCGCGUGGCAGUUCAACAUCCGGGGCUUCAACCCCGCGCUGGACCCGCACGCCCCGGCCUCCGUCGCCAUGCUCCGCGCUCAGGGCAUGGACCUCGCCGCGCUGCGCGAGUUCGGCAUCCGCCCCGCCGACUUCGCCGACGGCUUCUACCGCUGCGGCCUCGUCGGCUCCGGGCACCUCACCUGGGCCGCGUUCGCGGGCGCCUACGACUUCGCCUACCUCGCCAAGGCGCUCAUCGGAGGCCGCCCGCUGCCGGAGACGCUCGACGGGUUCCACGCCCUGGUGCAGCAGCUCUUCGGGCCCAAGGUGCUCGACGCCAAGCACCUCGCCAAGUGCUGCGGCGUCCGAGGCGGGCUGAAGCAGGUGGCGGCGGCGCUCGGAGUCGAGCGCGCCGCCGGCCGCGCGCACUGCGCCGGCUCCGACAGCUUGCUCACCGCCGACGUGCUCCUGGCGAUGCUCGAUCGCUUCUUCAGGAACAGCAGCGUGCUCUCGCACGCCGGCACCAUCGUAGACUUGGCAUAGCUUGUACCUUGUUGCCGUAAUCUUAUUAGUGUAGUUUGUACUGCAGGCGUGCAGUGUUCAGCUGCUAAGUUGUACAAAUUACUGUCAUUAGGAAGUUAGCCUUUGAUUAAAGACUUAAAAGGGGUUGCUUUUCUUUC